CAUCUCUCCCCCGCCCCGCUCCUCCCCUCUUCCCUCUCGGCAUCUCUCCCACGCUCCGGAGCCCGGAUCCUCCCAAACUCCCGAGCUGAGGUGGGCGCGCGGAGCCUCUGACCCUCUCGCGCCCACUCCCUCCCGCUCCGCCGGGGCUAUGGACGGGCUGCGCCUGCCUCCGCUCAUAGAGGAGGCUCUGGACUCUACAGAUGACCCCUGCGAUCUGAAAGCCGAGGGCAGCCCCACCAUGGACAACCAGAUCACGGCCAAGGAGCGAGGCGUGCUGGGGAGCAGCGAGAAGGAGGAGAUGGACCGGGACGGGGCUCGGGAGGAGGACGAGGAGGGCGAGGAGAAGAAGCUGAGGGAGGAGGAGCGCGAGGGGGAGGAGAAGAGGAAGAGGCGGCAGGAGCCGCUGACGGAGGAGCAGGAGCUGGAGGAGCUGAGGGCCCAGGUGCUGCAGCUGCUGCUGGAGCUGGAGGACGCCAGGGAGACGUCCAACAAGCACCAGGAGAGCUUCCACGAGCUGCAAGGUCUGCUGGAGGAUGAGCGCCUGGCGAGCGCCCAUCAAGCGGAGGCUUUCACACGACAGAUCCAGAAUCUGCAAGCCCAGCUGCGCUCUGUGCAGGAGGAGAUGGACAGUCUGGAGGAGGAGAAGGAGAGCGAGCUGGCCGAGGCCCAGGAGGAGCUGCGCGCCGCCCAGGAGGAGGUGCUGCUGCUGCAGCAGGCGGCGGAGGAGGCGGCGGCCGAGAGGGAGAACGACAUCGCCUCGCUGCAGGAGGAGCUGUGCCGCCGGCGGGCCGAGCUGCAGCGCCUCAGCGAGGAGGCCCAGGAGUACGACCUGGAGAUCACCACGCUGAGGGCCGAGAUCAGCAUGAAGAGCCAGAGGAGGGAGGCGGAGAGGAGAGAGGGCGACGUGGACCUGCUGAAGGAGGAGUGCCGUAUGCUGAAGGAGGAGUGUCAGGCCCUGAAGGAGGACAACAGACGCCUCUCCGAGCGGCUGCAGCUGCUGCAGAGACAGAGGACCUGCUCCAGUGUGUACCUGUCCCUGAAAGAGGAGGACACGGAGGAGGGGGCGGCGGAGGCGUGCCCAGACGAGGUCAUGGCGGAGAGCUACAUGACCAUGGCCCAGUCGGAGAACUGCCGCCUGGUGGACGCCUCCAUCCAGAAGAACAUCUCCUUCGACGGGAAGCCCGUGACGCCGACGGGCUGGAACGGCGGCGUCGGGGAGAUCUUCUCCCUCAGAGACCAGCUGAAGCAGGCCGAGGAGAAGGCCUCGCAGGUUCAGAGAGAGUGUGACGGGCUGAAGAUGGAGCUGCAGGAGCUGCAGAUUCUGUACGACAGCAGCCAGCGGGAGCGGGCGGCGCUGGAGGAGGAGCUGCAGCGCUGCAAGGCAGAGCUGGAGAAGCUGUCGGGGGGAACUCAGAGAUUCAUCCAUCCGUCUGAGCACCCUGUUCUCUCCAUCCCCUUCAUAGGAAUGAUUGUAAUAGUGGCUGUGGUCUGGUGCUGGUUGUCGGAGCUGGCGUCCCAGAGAGCAAGGGGAGUGAGGUAGGUUGGAGGUCCAUUGUGACCAUAACUGCAGCCGCAGCAGUGCUGCUGGCGGUGAAUAGCUUAUUGAGAGCCCUGGUCCGGAGCUGACUGGACGGGUAACAACAGCACGGGGACGGACGUCCGCUUCACACCAGCCCUCCAUCGCAGACUGACCUGGAAUGACCUCAAUGUAACCGAGCUGACAACUGUAGGUUAAAAAAAAAAAAAAAAAAUUAAAAAAUAAAGUGUGAUCUCUGACGAGUCGGUACGAGAAGCACCACAGACUGAGGACGGUGGACUCGGUCACAGGAGGGAUGGAAAACAGCGGGACGAGGAGCCGGCCUGCAGACUGAUGGAGCCCAGUCAUUCCUCCUCUGUGUCUGUGAAUAUUACUUUGUCUUCUUUAACAAUGUGACGAAAUUAAGCUUUUGUUUGUUUUCUUCUUAAGUUUAUUUAACUGUUAUUUAUUGAGUUGUUUCUGAAACUGUUGUUGUGUCUCUGAUAAUAAUGGAAAACAUGCAGGCUGGACGGUGAAUGCACUGAGUAACAUAAUGUACAUACUGUAAACUCUACAAACACCAACAGUCUGUUUAGUGACGUACAUACAAAAUCUCGAUAUAUUAAUAUAAAUUCACACAGUUUUACCUUACUAGGGAUACUUUUCCCUUUAUAACUGAUUAGUUAACUCUUGUGUAAAUACAAGUAUUUUAAAAUUUCAAAGCAGAUGACUAAUAACUUACUAAUUAAUAAUCUAUCAUGUCAGACAUGUGGUGCCCAGUGUGUUGGCCUGAAUUUUCUUCUUUAUCCUUUUUAAAUUGAUAUUUAAUCAAAAUGCCAGAAAAGUCAGAUUAGUUCUCUCGACUUUUAAAUCUUACGGCCAUUCCUGCAACGUUACAUCUAUAGUAUGACUUGCUGUUGUCUCGUUAUGUGCUGGUAAAGAUGUUUUUUCGGACGCUGGCGUAGGAAGAAGACUCUGGGUCUGUGUCGUCUUGUUUUCUCAACAUUUUAAAUCAGUGUCAAUUUCAAUGCGGUGAAAAAAGCUUUCUGUCCUCUCCUCGCCAUCCAGAUUAUAUUUGGCUUUGUUGUUCUUUUUUUUUAUUUCCUGUUCCACAACAAACGCAUUUUACUGAAUUUUAAAAGGGACUGGGGAUUGUUUAGGGUACAGAAUAAUUCAAGACCUGUCAGCUUUACUGAAGACAAAUUUCAUGUGACAAAUCUGUAGAUCUGAAGGAAACCAGAUCAGAUCGCGGAUGCAGUGAAGUGAAGGGACGUAACUUCUGGUUUACGGAUCCAGAUUAUUUAAACAUGAGCUUCUCAAAAAGAAUGAGUCCAGCCAUCACAUCAGAUAUGUAUACAUAUAUAUUGAAUGAUUUUGUUUACAUUUGUGAAACGUUUCUGUGUGAAAAGUCAUGAAGCAAAAAGCAUGCUAGAAGAAACAUAGAAGCACAAUAUAUCAUUUAUGUAGGUUCUGUGGACUCUGUUACUUUGUAUUUCCUGUAAAUAGAUGUGACAUACAGCACUCUGGGAGGGAUGUUUCUUAAAUCCAUUUGUACUAGCUUUGUAGAAAGUUGAAUCUAUUUUGAGAGAGCAUCGUAUAUUUGAUAGCUAAAACAUAAGCUAUGUAAAUGUUUAUUUAUGGUGAUGUUAUUCCGAAGAGUCGCUGACAUUGCUCGCCGUUUUCAGGGCCUCUGCGUUGGACAGUGGCGUAGUCAUUGCAUGCAUUUAGAUUGCAGUCGACCUUGGUUGACGGAAAACACACGUUGGCUCCCGAAUUUCUUUGAAUUUUAAAGUUUC